AUGGGAGAAAAUAAUCGGGACAAAAUAGAAGAAGAGAGGAGGCGAGAGGGUGAUAGUGGAUUACAGGGAUCUAUAGUAAAACCCAUGGAUCCACUUGAGAUGCACGUAUAUGACACGUGCACCUGCAAUCACGAUACGCGAACGAGCUACCAGGAUCAGGCAAAAGUAGCUCAAAGACUGAGUCCAAGUAGGUUAACAGGUUUCCAGUUGAAAGUGGCCUCCGCUGGAAGACGGAGAUUAUUUGUAACACUUGCCACUGUAACACUGACAUGCUCAAUGCCCAUAGUGAAGAAAGCAGAAAACCAGAUCAUAAAACUUAUCCGAACUAAUUACUAUUUUAGUUUAAGGCAGACAGACAGCAACAUCUCCCAGCAGCACCAGCGGCACCACCACGAGAAUUCUGAUCGAGUCGAGCUUCUUCUCGCGCAGUCGCCUAAGCACAUUGGCCACCUAAACUACCAACCACCACUGCCACUGCCUACCAUCCCUCCAAGGUGUCCUUGCACAUCCAGGAAAAUGUCGGAGACACAAGACGCUCAGUCCACGGAAAGCAAAGAGGGCAGCGAAACUGAAAAAUCAAGACCAAGAAAUGAAGUGGACAAAGAUAAGGAAUCUGACAAUCAUGAUGGAUCUGAAACACCAAAAUCAGAGAGCACGCCGACGCCAAAGAGCGACGAACCGGAAAAGAAUGUUGGCAGCACCGACACGGACGCGAAGCCUCCAACAGAUUUGACUCCGGGGAUCGCAGAGCAACAGCCCCAGCAGCAACAAAGCAGGCCCGGUGAGUGCAAUUUAUUGCCAGUAUUAGUAGAGCGUCUGCGUUCGGCUCUGGAGCUCUCCUGCUCCAGUCGGAGCAGUGAGGACCAACCGCCCCUCGAGGACUCAGGCGUGGAUUCCGAGGAAGACCUUCGAAACUGGGCGUCCGGCCUCGACACUUCCGUGGACCAAGGCGACACAGUGACCAAACCCAAGCUAGACCUCAAAUUCCUUGAAGAGCUGCUCCUCUCUGACAUACAAACAGCCCUGGCCCGUCUCCAGGACACCUUGAAGCGCGUCGACAUAGGCGCACUCACCAAAUACAACUCCACACUCGACCCCACGAACAAACUUCACCUCCUCCGCCUCAUCUCGAACCUCCUAGCCAAGUUGAAGAUCCCAGAAGACGCCAUCAAGCCUAAAACAUCCGAUAGCAAACCCCAAGACCAAAGGCGAAACCGCUCUGAACGCCACACCAUCGGGGUCUCAAGGGAGGAACUAGCCAGAGCCAGAAAGUCGCUCGAGGAACGAAACCUCAGUCCCAACUCUGGCCAAUCCAACCCGGAAUUCGAUUUCCGGCUCAGCUUGUCCCAAAAUCAACACAAAGAAGAUACUAAAGAGCAUUCGGAAAAGAUAGCAAAAAACUUGGAAAAACCCCAAGAAAUUGAGACGAUGCCAGAAGUGCAGGAGAAGUUUCAUCAAAUUCAUGAAAAGUACAUGAAGGAUGUGAUCAAUCAACAACAGAGUCUUCAGAACAGGAUCAGAGAACCGAAGGAUGACUCUUAUGAUAUUAGGCUUUUGGAUAACUCUUUAGAGGACUACAGAUUAGACGACAACUACAAUGAACAGGUAGUUCCACCAUUUUAUCAACAACCUGCUACUCCAAAGUAUAACAAAUUCCUCGCUAAGAAGUCGAGGAUAAAAAGAGCUAAUACAAUAGAUAUUCCCAAUUAUCUCCAAAUGCAGUCUGAAAGGAGUCACCAGAAUGGAUGUAUUUCUUUGAGAAGACCGAUUGAUAUCAGCGACAAGGUGGUCUCGAAUGGUGCCAACGUUAUUCCCUCCUUUCAGCCCAAGACCGAAAAUGAUCGAAAGUUUCUGGCGCUUAUUAACAAAAAUAAUGACACUGGACCACCCGUUACUUCAGUUCCCUUCAAGAACUUUGCCUACAGGCAAAAUUCGGUAGCAGACAAGAACUGGAACAAUCGGUUUUCUCAUAUAAAAACUGCUUUUGAUAAGAAUUCAGACAAAUCUGAGAACCUAAACAAUUCAGAAGAGACUCCGAAAGUGGAUUGCAAGAGGAAGUCUAUUGUUGAUAAUGAGAAUGUUGUUCUCGGAUCCUUCAGAUUAUCUUACGGACCAGCCCAGAAGUCCAACGGAUUUACUCAUGCACCGACUUCACCUUUCCAGAAAAUAGAAAAACCACCGAAAAUUGAAACACCUGCUUUCCUUAAACCUGGAUAUAUUCCCAAAGGUGGAAGUAAUCUCCAAGCAAAGUUGAAGAUGUUCGACCAGGAGCAGAAUCAAAAUCCUCCUCCACCUCCAUUUCUGAGAACUAAAGGCAAGCAACUCAAAACUGCUGAAAAUAUCUUCAAAAAUAUUCAUGAAGAUAAAAGACUUGAAGGAGUCACCGAAAACGGUCAUCUAAAUUACCACUCCUUCUGCAAACAGUUCGCCCCAAAGGGGUCGAGUAUCCUCAAUAAGCCUAGUCACUUAGAAUUGGCUAAAUCUAAAUUCACAGUCACUGAUGAAAUCCAGGACUACCCUAAGGAACCUAAGAUGCCUUUCAUAUCAAACCAGAAUGGGCCCUUCCAGAAAUCGAAAGAAAAACUCCUUAAAAUGCAACAGGAGACAUUCGAACCUCAGAAAAAUCACCGAAAACAAUAUGACGUUUACCCAGUUAAUGUAAAUCCUCCUCAAAUUCCAAGUCUCAGCUACAGAUACGAUCAAACAAGAGCAGAUCAGAAACCUAAAAAUCAUCCACGACAUCGGUUUGAGAAUCCAGAAGAUAAUCGGAGACGCGAGAGUUCUAGGUUCAGUAAACUAAUCAGCGAACCUGUUCGUAGUUCUGUUGGUGUUCAGACAGGGACCGUACCCUAUCAAGAAAAAUCCAGAGAAGACCCGAAUUAUGGAGAAGCUAAACGAAGAUCUAGUAAUGCUUCUGUUCAGACAUCCGAGAUUUAUGAUACUAAAAAGCCUCUCAAUUACCAAAGUCAAGACUUCAUUAAUCGCCAGUAUUAUCCAAAUUCUGAUCAUUAUUACACCCCAGAACGAAGGGACUCUACGGAAAUGAGACUUCCCUUGGAUGCUAACAAAUUUGAGUCUUCCAGAAUGCCACUCGAAUCUCCUAGAUUAACAUUAGAACUUCCUAAAAUUCCUCCAGAACCACCUAGACCCGAACAAAUAGGACCUCCAGUUCCUGAACGUACAAACUAUGGAAUCCUCUUUAGGAACUACAAACCCGAUCCAGUGACAAGAGCCAAAAGUUCCUACUACUACGAUGAAAAUCCGUAUGUUCCUCCAGUUCCGAUCAGAAGCAACUCUAUCGACAAGAUACCUCGCCUCUAUUUAGGAGAAGAAAACAAAGAAGAAGAAUUCAUACCAAAUAUGGAACACAUUCAAAAUCAAGACAUCAGCCCCGAUGGAGUAGUCACCAGAUACACUUGUGCAAUAGCAACAGUUUCCUCAGUACCCGACACCGAGUCCUUUGAACCUCCAAAACCACAAAUUCUUCCCUAUCCGAUCUUCGACGAUACACCAGAUAUCCCAAAGGUUGAGACGAGGCGUAAAGAUUCCGAAGCCAGUUUUGAAGAGAUUCAAAGACACAAUUUACUUCAGCAAAAUCUCAUCAGGAGGAUGCAAGAGAAUGAGAAGAGUCCGACAAGGAUGUGCCAAGAAAUACCAACAGUUCCUGCAGUUCCAGCCAGACGCGAGAGUCCUUCUUUCGGGGAUCCAAGAUCCUUAACUAGCCCCUCCUUCAUCUUUGGUAACAAGCCAAAACACGGAGAUUGUGGAGAAGGUCGAAGGACUCAGGAAAAGAUCAGCAUGUUCGAAGAGAGGAAUAACCCACCAGUCAAGAGGCACUUCAGACCACUGAAUGUUCCUCGGGCUGACUUGAUACCUCCAAAAAUCAACGUGGUGAACCCCUCUAAGGUUGUUCAGCCUAAGUUCAAACAAGAAAGACCUGUUUUGAAGAACACCAGUCAUGUGGAUUCUAGUGAUGAGUAUCUAAUGUCCUGUGCUAACAGGCCAUCCAGGAACAUCGUCCUGACAAAGUCAGAAUCCUGGCAUCAGCUAGCCAUGUCCAAAACCAAUCUGACAGUGCCUCCGGCUAACUCCAGUACAUUGUUAAAGCCCCCAAAACCAAAAUCUCCUUCCUUGAGACUCUCGAAACAGUUUGAAGCUUCCUCUUCAUCUGAUAAUAUAAAGAAGAUGGAGGAGCGGAUCCAGAGGUAUUUCCAAGGUCCUGGGGGAGCUUCAGUGGAACCCAAAAGGGAGGUGAAGAGCAAGAGGGUUUUGGCUAUGAAGAGAAAUCCCAGUAGCUUGAUAAGGAGUCACACGAUGCCUCAUAUUUAUGAUGAUAAUAAGAUUUUUGAUGAGAGCGCCGAUGUUGAAAAGGCCUUCGACAGCCUUUUCAAGGAAACGACCCGAAACGACAAUCGUUACUAGGAGUGCGAUCAUCCCCUAU